AAAAUGAAUUUGACUUUACUGCUACCGUCAGUUCUCAUCAGCAUUAUCUGCAAUGGUGUAAUAGCUUCUACUUCAAUAUCCACCGUCGGUGAGGGCGCCACUACGUCAGACAACGCGCAGGCGCUGUACCCAAGAUAUCCAGCCUGUCGUAGAGGGCGUGAGUUUGCAAUCCAAGUACCAGACAACGAACGUGUUGAAGGGAGGUACUACUAUGAGCGGCGCAGAUCAGAUGGCCAGAUGAGAUACUAUUUAUGUUUGCCGUGCACCGUUUGCGAGGAGCAAGGUCUGGUCACAGCCGCCCCGUGCACCGAGCGCUCAGACACAAGAUGUUCUCAAGACUGUAUCGUGCCUGGCUGUUUGUUUGACGUGUCCAGAAACACGUGCGUCGCCUCAGUUGGAUUUGACCUUCCGGUUGACCCUGAAGUAGUUGGGAAUGAUGGGCGGAGUGUUUGCCAUGCCCCAGUGACGUCAGAACAGCCAGUUGUGAAGAAUUACAAGUCGAUGGCACCAGACAAAGGUUCAACAGAAGUGAACAUCAUCACAUCACACCCAAAAGUGUACAAAACUGACCAAGCUAUAAAUGGUGAGCGAGAUUUACCACCAGCCCUAAGUACGAGACGCCACAAUUCACCACAAGAGCAGGGUUUUAUUUGGACCGCCAGUGAAGCGUUAUUCGGCGGUAUCGCCAUCGUAUCUGCAGUAGUCAUCGCGAAUGUGUGCGCCAUCUUGUAUAUACGUCGUAAAAACAAAGAGACUGCGAAAAAACGUAAACGCGCUGUUUCAACUGAUAGUAGUCUACAUGCAGCUAUGGCGAGGGCACGAUCUGACAGCAACGUGGACGGGAAAAACAAAGAUGCUGUUUUCGUAUAGCGGCAAUGGGAGCAAACUUGUUCCCGUGGGUGUGACAUAUUGCGUGUACUUCUCGGUUUCCCCCUGGACUGGUCCCCUAAAGAUAUGCACUGGCCUUAGAGGGUAAAUGAUUUCAUUGGAUAAUAUAAACCAAUAUAAAGGAGGGGGAAAUUUAAACCUUUCUGAUAUUGCGUGUGAAUAAACACUCGCAGAAAACAGCCCACCCCGAUGCGUCACCAUUUUACAAUUGGUAGCUUCUUUCAUGUAAAGUUUGUACAUUUUUCUAAACGAUAUCAAUAUCUUAUUUAUUAGAGUUUAGUUCAGUAUUAACAAAAUGCCUAUGUAUUGAGGUGUUGUAUGAUGAUAUCGUUACUGAUCAGCAGAGCGGGUUCGAAUCCACAGCCGUGACACUGUCCUUAUUAUAGCAAGAACCUCGGAUGGGACGUAAAGCCGUUGGUCCCAUGUGUUGCGUAAACGCAUGUGAAAGAACUCAGUGCACUUAU